AUGUUGGCGUCGACGUCCACGGAUGAGAAACCUCGCCGCUGCGUCGGGAAAGAGGAGGCGCCGGCCCUCAACUGGCGGGUCGACACACGGCGGCCCCCGCGCCGGUGCCCGGGCUGGUGUUUACAUCAUCCGACAGCUGGUGCCACGAACACGUGUCUGGUGCGAGACAAGGGCAAGGCGUACCGUACUUACGAAGAAGGGGAAGGGCUCUCCGCGCUCCAGCAGCAGACAGCAGUAGUCGCCCCCUGGACCCCGAGAGACUUGUCGCGACAAGUCGCGGGCGGACAUGCGGACCACGACGACGGCCUGGCUGCUGCUGGCGCUGCUGCUCUGCUGCUGCUGCUGGCGGCGGACUGCCUCCGGCUGCGAGGCAGCAGGAAGAAGGCGCUGCUGGUGCGCAAGUUACAGCGCCGGCAUGGCAAGAUGGAGGGCGCGCUCAGGCUGACGGGCUGUCGAGGCCCGCACGAAGGCAACGUGGAGAUCCUGCACAUGGGCAAGUGGGGCAGCGUGUGCGACGACGAGUGGGACCUGCGGGAGGCGGCGGUGGUGUGUCGUCAGCUGGGCUUCCGCAAGCCCGAGCGCGUCGCGCACAGCUCCAUGUUCGGCCCCGCCAGGCGUCGCUACUGGCUGGACAACGUGUACUGCACGGGCGAGGAGGCGAGGCUGUCCGACUGCCGCUCCGACGGCUGGGGGUCGCACGACUGCACUGACAGCGAGGCGGCGGGGGUGGUCUGCAGGACCUCCGAGCCCGCCGCCCCCGCCGCGACCUCCGACCCGCCGCCGGAGGCCCUCGUGGCCGCCCCGCGCACCAGGACACACAUCAAGAAAGCAAACAAGGGAAAAUUGCACAUCCGCCUUGCUGGUGGUCGCAUACCGGAAGAAGGAAGAGUUGAAGUGAAAUUUGGAAAGUCUGGUGCCUGGGGAGUGAUCUGCGGCGACGGCUGGAGCCUGCUGGAGGCGAUGGUGGUGUGCCACCAGCUGGGGCUGGGCUACGCCAACAGCGCCGCCCAGACCGACUUCUUCGGCGGCAACGUGAGCGACGUGCUGCUGAGCGGCGUGCAGUGCCGCGGCACCGAGACCUCGCUGGACCACUGCCUGCACGACCCGGCCGGCAGGGUCGCCUGCCCCGGCCGCACCGACGACAUCGCCGCCGUCGUCUGCGUCAGCCGGAUGGCGGACCUGGUGAUCGACCACUUGGAGAUCGCGCGCACGGCGCACCUGGAGGACAAGCAGCUGUUCUUCCUGCAGUGCGCCAUGGAGGAGAACUGCCUCGCAUCGGCCGCCUACACGCUCAAGAGCGAGAAUGUGGACAACUGGCACCUGGAGACGCGGCGGCUGCUGCGCUUCACUGCGAGGACCCUCAACGCGGGCACCGCCGACUUCCGCCCCAUCAUCCCCAAGCACCUGUGGGAGUUCCACCAGUGCCACAUGCACUACCACAGUAUGGAGGUGUUCGCCACCUUCGACGUGUUCGAUGGUCGCGGCGUGCGGGUGGCCGAAGGCCACAAGGCGUCCUUCUGCCUCGAGGACAACCAGUGCAUGCCCGGCGUGGAGCCGGCGUACGCGUGCGCCAACUUCGGCGACCAGGGCGUGUCCGUCAACUGCUCCGACAUCUACAAGUUCAACAUCGACUGCCAGUGGGUGGACAUUUCGGAGCUCAAACCGGGCGCCUACACAUUCAAGGUGUCGGUGAACCCCGAGUUCAAGAUCCCGGAGAUGAGCUACGAGAACAACGCGGCCACGUGCUCGCUGCUGUACACGGAGACCUUCGUGCACGUGCACAACUGCUCGGUGGGGCGACCCUGAAGGACGCCCGUUUGAGGAGAUCGCCCUGGGAGCCGGGGUCCCCACCUCCUCUCUCACUCUCUCACUCUCUCUCUCUCUCUCGCACCCCGCGAACACGACGAGAGAACGACCAUGACCCAGUCUCUGGUUCUCCUGCCAGCAGAGACCCGAGACACACCCCAAGUCCAGGCCUGACGGCCGUGGCAGGCCUGGACUUUUCAGGGCCCUGGGCAAUUUACUUUUCCAGGGCCCCAACAUCACGGAGAAGGCCUUUCUUUACCGGGGGCCCGGAGUUCAUUAAAUGAAAAGCCCCGGACUUUUUUUAAAUUUUAAAUAAACUCUCGAAAACAAAUGUUUCUAAGCCAGCCUGGAACUUGAAAAAUUCGAUCAUUAUUUUUCCAAUUUAUCUUGAGAAAUUCUGAUGUUCUAUCUAGAAAAAUUAUACUCGGGUUAGUUUUAUUAAUGCUAACGAUCAGAAUUCCCGUGAAAUCGCGUCGUUAUUUGAGGCAUUAAUAUCUUUGAAGGUUUUUUUUUAAUUAUAUAAAUCAUGAAAACUCAAUUGAAAUCGGAAGGUAUUAGUCAGCCCUUUGAACUGGAUCCCAAUAAGUCUAAUUUUUUCGUAUAUCCAUUAAUUACCUUAUUUUCACCAAAAAAAAUAGACAUACAAGAAACGUAAAAAAAAAAUAAAAAAAUAAAAAGGAAGCCCUGGAGACGCCCCUGCUUGAUGGUAUGUAUGCGUUUUUCAAGCUUCAGUCAUUUGUUCAUUUACUGAGUUUAAAAAAGGGGCGUUUCGUCUUGGAAUAGCCUGAAUGUGAUUUGACCAUUCUGUUAAUUUUUUUCUUAAACAGAGUGAGUUUUAUCGGCCGUGGCUCAAUUCAGGACAUCGUGAAACUUAAAAACAACCAGAGUUUAACUUGUUAAAUGUAUUAUCCGCAAAAUUUCUAGUUUAUACUCGUGUUUCUGAUACUGGUCUUACGAUUCACCACUACAACUCUCCAGAUCGGCCCAACCAACCAAAGACACGUGGGUUUGUUCACCUUGAGAAUAAAAGUUCAAUCAUAGGAAUGAAAUCUCGGUACCCGCCAACCAUAUCCAUUGAUGGAAAAUAAUGUUUUGUUGACAAAAAUAAUUGCAUAACUACCUUAGUAGGCAUAAUAUGAAAUCGUUAAGACAUUAAAUGCUUAAUUCAUUAAGUUAAAAACAUUCCAAAAUAUUUUCGCUGCAUGGAAUAUGAAAAAAUUUUAAAUGAUAUUUUUUUUUUCAAUAUUGGCGAACACAUAGAUUGUUAUGUACACCAAGUUAUUUAAAUGUUCAAGGAGUUUAUAGAAGUUUCCAAGACAUUUCCAGAAGAAAAAAUAGUUACUUAGAAAUCUACCUUCGCCUGUUGGCUGUGCCGAAAGAGAUUUUUUUUUAAAAUUUUAAUUCAGAACCGUAAUAUACUGGCCUAACAAUUUUUAUCAGCUUGACGUUGAGUUUAAGUCAAAAUGAGAACGACCACGGUUCCUAUGGUUAGGAAACAUUUGUGGUUAUACUGGAGUGUAAUGUUAAUAUCUGGCUGUUUUUUUCUCUAAAGUGUUGUUUUUACAAUUGAUAGUAUAAUUAAGAUUAUUUAAAACGUGUUCCUCGUAAGCUAUUAAAUAAACUUAUCUUCGUUGAAAUUGUUGAAUGUAAACACAUGUAUUUGACGCAAUACAUAUUUUUUAAAAUGAUUUAAACACUUGCUGCAAUGAAAUUGGAACGUAUGAAGUAAUGUGAGAUAUACCUAAUCACAACAAUGUGUCAAAAUCGUUCACCACGGAAAGCGUUUGCGUCAGUUCUUUUGGCAAAUGAGCGUCCAGUGCUUGGAGCUGCAUAGCCUAUUUUUUUCUACUAUUCAUCUCUUACACGUGAGGGUCUACGUCGUCAUCAGUCCAGGGCGUGGGAGGUGAGCUCUAGGAGCGUGUGAACCCGGCUUUCGAGGCCCGUGUUACACGGAAGAACGCCUUUUGCAAUAAAAACACGGCCUUGUGAAGCGUGUGUCAAAAAUAAGUGUUGCGAACCAGCGUCUGUUUUCGGACCAGGGAUGUACAAAGAAUAAUUUACUUCAUCUCAUUAUUGAGUGAUAAUCGAGCCUAAAUCAACGAGACAAACAAUAAAAAAAAUUAAAAAAACAAAUGAAAACGAGAAAAUAAUGUCAAACGUAAACUGCCUACAGAAAUUUAAUUAAAAAUUCAUUAAUCCCUUUUACAGAUUUUUUUACAUACAUUUUUCCCCCUAAUAAUUAACUUAGAAAAAAUCUAUACCUGCCAGGAUUUAUCUUACAUAGCUAAAACUAGAUUUUUUUUUAAUCAGGCAAGAAACCCCCCCAGCGUUUCAUUUUUAAUAUGUGUAUAUAAAACCUUCUUCCUCUAAAAUUCUAGUUGGAUGAAACACAUUUUUGUCAAACAAUGGCAUUUCGUUUCAUCUAGCAACCGUUUCACCUUUAAAACAAUUUUGUGAAACAAUAAAUUUCUGAAUAGGCUAUUCUUUAACAUUACCAAGACAGAUUUUUUUUGCUAGGUUAAAACUGAUAAAUUAGUUUAGUAUCCGUAUGUGCUUAGCUCUCUUAAGGUUAAUAUUACGAUAAAUAAAUAAAAACCUUGAAACAAUUUUAGGCAGUGACAACUUUCCCUUCAAUUUGAAUAAGGUUGAGUAAAACAGAAACAACACAUUGUUGACAGCGGCACACUUUUGCACACAAAAAAUAACUGAGUUAAUUGCACGGUAUAUUCUUCCAUGUAACACGGUCCAACGGAAAAUUAUUUUUUUUUUUUUCGCUCCGAAAUUGGCGUGUACUCAAAGUAUCAUGCGCGACUGAUGAAACAUAUCUUAACCAAAUGAGUGCCUUUCAUGUGUGCCUCUAUGUUUGUGUGCCUUUGUGCUUGCAAGCACGUGUGCUUAGUGCUUAUAAAUGUAAUUUAUAAAUAUAGGAUGUACACAGAUAAUUUUAUAACUAUUUGUUUAGAUCCAACCAGAAACCGGAUGUGUUGGAACAUGAAAAAAAAAUGUUUAGCAUGUCUAAAAGUGUCAAGUACAACGAAGUUAUGUGAAAUUAAUAGGAAGAUAGGCAAGGGGAGUGAGAUUAUAUUACAGAAAUACCGUACUUACUUAGGGUAUUUUUAUAUUUUAGAAUAACGUUUAGCUAUUAUUUUUUGUCUGUAAUACUGCUGGAAGCUGGAAUACUUAUUUAUUGAAAUAUUAAAAAGCUAAAAUUUAUAUAUAUAUAUAUAUAUAUAUAUUUAUUUAUUUAUUUAUUUAUUUUGCAGCAAUUAUGUUUUUAUUUUGAAGAAAUUAAAAAAAAUAUUUGUUUUUGACUUUUUGAAUCAAUUUAACAGUUGAUUCAGGCUUCAAUAAAAACAAAUUGUUAAUUUGGUUGCGUAUAACUCGUGCAAAACGCAGUUUCUGUAGUACUGAAUGAUAGCGAACAUAAAAGAAAAGAAAAAAAGUGAAUGACAAAAAUAUACUUUGCCCUUUCCCCUUCGGGCAAAUAUUUUGAAAACGAAAUGUUGGAACGUACCUAAGAACAAGAAGUUGAUGCGUGGCGCUGUACUUCAUAUAUUCAUCUCUGGCACCUUUAUAAUUUCAGUAAAUUUGUGAAUUUUCCAACGAAUAAUUCACAUAUUUCUGUGUUUUGUGGACGGAAUAAGUGUACUUUGGCAGAAGAUUUAAUAAAAAAAAUUUUAUUGUCUGUAAUAUCUUUCUUCAAGGGCGAAUCUCUUAUAAAUUAACAAAAAUCCCUAGAUAAUUUGUCUUCAUGAAUUUAUGGUAAAAAAUUUAACAGUGAGCCAAUAUUUUUAGCGUAUUUUACAACUUUUGUGGUUCAAACAAAAAAUAUGAGUUUUUUUUUCCAUUUAUUUAUACUAGUUUCUAAUUUGAAACUGUGUAGUUGCCAACAAUUUUCACUUCAUUAGGCCUCGCCAUCUUGGAUUUUCCUAUUUUUUUUGCAGUGUUUUUAAUUUUGAACUAUUUAUCCCAACUUUUGGCAUGUCAAGGCAUAAAUCAUAUCCCCCGGACCUUCUAUUUCUUGUUUCAAACACAUAUAUACUGACAGGCUCUAGUCUGUAAGAACGCGAGGAAAUAACUUAUUAUUUCACCCGGGCGACUACAAAUAUCAUGAUAACUCCUCCAGUUCACAAGUAUCGAUUUCAUCAAGUAGCCAAAGCUAACUCCUAUGCCAUGUCAAACAAAAAAACAAAAAAUUAGCACGGAAGCUUUAUUGCAAGCAAUAUAAAAAUAUUAAGAAUUGCAAGAUGGCGAGGCAUAAUCCCACCUUAAAAAAAAAACAUUUAGUCAACUGUUCUGUUUUGUAUAGCUCAGAGGGAUAUGUUGUUAAUUUGCAGGAAUUUUCCUUGUAAAGUUACUAAGUUAUAUUUUACAAAUAUUUUUUUAAUGUAAUUUUUUUUACAAAACGAAAAAAAAAAAUUAUUUUGAAAAUUUCAAAAAAUUAAUAAAUGUUUGUGUUUGAUCUUGAUGCAAUGUUUACUUAAGCCUGUGUCUGCCUCGUGCUUUACUGCGUGUGGUUCAUUUCUUUGUGCUUACAAACUGAUCAGUCUGAACGUGAACGUUCAGGAAAUUCAAGUGUUCUUGUUUCAUAUCAAAACGACUGCAAUUAUCGCUCCGACACUUAACACCGUGCUUAAUAAACACACGCACGUGCAUCGAACGAAAGCAACUGUGAAUGAUGAAUUUUUGAAAUGUUGAAAUGAAUGUAAAUUAAUAAUUUAUUGUGUACUAAACAAGAAUUUAUGUGCUUGUAAGCUCAGUGUUUUUGAAUUAUUAUUUUAUCCUUCUUUUCCUUCAUUUCCUUGGGUAAAAAAAAAGUUCCCUGACAUUGAGAAAAAAUAGAACCUAUGUGUACUAUUUCUUAUGUUGUCUUUCGAGAUCAAUUUCAUUGAAGUUGAUAAAUCACCAGGAAUGUACGUUUAUUCUUUUUUCCUUGUGGAUAAAUGUAGGGUUCCCAGGUGAGUGGAACACAACAAAGAAGACAUUUAUAAGAAACUUGCAAAAAAAAAAUGAGAAUAAAAAUGUGUUUGAUAGUGUAUGUUUGGUUAAGUAUUUUAUGCUGUGAAUUUUUUUGCAUGUUAAAAAAAAUAUUAACAGUCAUAGCUUAUUAUUUA